UUAGUGAUAGUGAUCAUGGCUUCCGCUAGUAGUCUACUUGUGUUCUUCUUAGGACUGGUGAUUCUCAUCAAUCCUAUGAGAGCAGAUUUCAAUCAUGAACCUUUCCCUGAACACAAACCAUCAAAGCCUGUUGAGAAACCUCCUCCCCAAGGGAAGCCAUUCCCUGGACACCGGUUAUCCGAGGAGAGGCCGUUGCCUGAACAUAAGCCUUUCCCCGAGCCCAAACCAAAGGGUGAGAAGCCAACUUUGAAAAACAAUCCUCCUCUUGACCAUGAUCACCCUGGGCAUCGUUUAUCAGAGAAGUCAUUCCCAGAACAUAAACCUUUCCCUAGACCGAAACCAAAAGGUGAGAAGCCACCUCCGAAAACUAAGCCUCCACAUGACCCUACUCACCCAGGACAUCGCCUGCAAGAAGAAAAGCCUUUGCCAGAACCUAAACCAAAGGGUGAGAAGCCACCUCCGAAAACCAUUCCUCCACAUGACCCUACUCACCCAGGACAUCGCCUGCAAGAAGAAAAGCUUUUGCCAGAACCUAAACCAAAGGGUGAGAAGCCACCUCCAAAAACCGAUCCUCCACAUGACCCUACUCACCCAGGACAUCGCCUGCAAGAAGAAAAGCCUUUGCCAGAACCUAAACCAAAGGGUGAGAAGCCACCUCCAAAAACCAUUCCUCCAUAUGACCCUACUCACCCAGGACAUCGCCUGCAAGAAGAAAAGCCUUUGCCAGAACCUAAACCAAAGGGUGAGAAGCCACCUCCAAAAACCGAUCCUCCACAUGACCCUACUCACCCCGGACAUCGCCUGCAAGAAGAAAAGCCUUUGCCAGAACCUAAACCAAAGGGUGAGAAGCCACCUCCGAAAACCAUUCCUCCAUAUGACCCUACUCACCCAGGACAUCGCCUGCAAGAAGAAAAGCCUUUGCCAGAACCUAAACCAAAGGGUGAGAAGCCACCUCCAAAAACCGAUCCUCCACAUGACCCUACUCACCCCGGACAUCGCCUGCAAGAAGAAAAGCCUUUGCCAGAACCUAAACCAAAGGGUGAAAAGCCACCUCCAAAAACCAAUCCUCCACAUGACCCUACUCACCCAGGACAUCGCCUGCAAGAAGACAAGCCUUUACCAGAACCUAAACCAAAGGGUGAGAAACCACCUCCGAAAACCAAACCUCCACAUGACCCUACUCACCCAGAACAUCGCUUACAAGAAGAAAAGCCUUUCCCAGAACCUAAGCCAAAGGGUGAGAAACCUCUUCCAAAAACCAAGCCUCCACAUGACCCUACUCACCCAGGACAUCGUUUGCAGGAGAAAGAAAAGGUUGUGCCAGGAGGUAAGGGAGAGAAGCCACCACAAGAUCCUUAUCACAAAUAUCCUCCUACACGGGAUAAUGCUGAAGAGAGAGAGAAGUUUCCUAGAAAGUUGAAGGCUUCGAUUCUUGGAAACAAGCCUGAAGCACCUCAUAAGCCUCCCUAUAAGCCUCCGAUGAACUGAGUAUUUCGUAGGUGCUCUAUAUGAUAUGUUUAUUACUAAAAUAAUGGCGGUCUCUAUUUACCGUGCUUGCACAUGCUAGUUAUCCAUACAUAUGCUAUUAUUUUGUGAGCUUUUUUGUUGUUCCCAUCAUCCACAUGAGAUUGGAGAUGCACCGGUUAUUGGUGCUUGUUAUGUAUCAUAUUCAGCAUUGAUAUAUCUUACUUUCAUCGUUUUGUGUUA